AUGGGGCACGUUCAGAAUACUCAGAAAGCGAUGAGAAAUAAAGUUGGUUUAACAUUCAGUUUCCUACGUAACUGUAAGAUGAUGGGAAGCUUAUCCCAGCAACGCUGUAAUCAGCGUAGUUCUUUCCAUCUUUUGGGCAUAGAAACGAGUUGUGAUGAUACAGGAGCUGCUGUCUUAAACGAAUCCGGGAAACUUCUGGGGGAUUCUUUAUCUUCACAAACGAAAAUCAGUGUCAUGUUUGGAGGUGUACUGCCACCCAUUGCAGCCGAACUACAUAAGCAGAAUAUUGAGUCAGUCGUCAAUGUAGCUGUAACCAAGUCCAAUAUUGAAUUCCAGGAUUUAGACUUUAUAGCUGUUACAGUGAAGCCAGGUAUGCCGCUAUCUUUGAAAAUUGGGGUUGACUUUGCUAAAUCUUUAGCACAUCGACUAAAGAUACCUAUCAUACCGAUAGAUCAUAUGGAAGCUCAUGCACUGACAGCUUUACUUACUGAUUCCGAGUUGAAGUUUCCUUACGUUAUCCUUUUAAUUAGCGGCGGUCAUGGUAUUUUGGGCGUUGUCCAGGGAAUAGAGGAUUAUGUUUUGUUAGGUACAGCGUUGGAUGCAUCUCCAGGCGAUGUUCUUGAUAAGCUUUCUAGGCGUCUGAAAUUAAGUCGUUUGGGAGAUGAAAGUUUGAAAAACGUAACAGGCGGCAGAGCUAUUGAAAUGGUUGCAAAGAUGUACUGUGGUGAUCAUCGUCGUUUUGAACUUCCUUUACCACGUUCACAAUCCAAGGAUUGUGAUUUUUCAUUUACUGGAAUUCAUGUGUCUGCAGAGCGAUUCAUAAGUAAAUUGGAACAAACAGCUAGUGCAGGGAGUACAAAUGCAUUAUCAAUCCAAGAUAUUGCUGAUAUUUGUGCUUCCGUUCAAUUUGCUAUGACACGUCUUAUAUGUCGACGUGUUCAGCGCGCUAUUGAAUUCUGCAUACUGAACAAUGCUAAUCAAUCCAGUGUGAUAAGAAAUCGUCCUACAGCUUUGGUUGUAUCUGGUGGUGUUGGUGCUAAUUCCGUUAUUCGUGCUGGUUUGGUUGAGGUGGCCAAUCAUUACAACUUGAGAUUUGUAGCUCCUCCACCGCAUAUGUGUACUGACAAUGGGAUUAUGAUAGCAUGGAACGGAUACUUACUUCAAAAAGGAAAGUCUUCUCGCAUCACGGAAAAUAUUUCUUCGGUCGAUUUUGUUCCAAGGUCUACGCUUGGUUGCGAUUUACGAGAAGCAGUGAAGCAAGCAGAUAUUUCCAUUGAACCUAUCAAACUGCCAAAUACUAUUUUUCAAUCUUAACACCAUUUUUGUUUGUCUGUGGUUUAAACUAUUCUACAGAACAGUAGCGAGAAUACCUCCUUACCUUUAGUUAAACACCGUUAAGAACGAAUAGUUAACUUAAUUGGAAUAAAUUUGUAAAUUGAAUAUAUUGAUGACAUUUUUUCCACUAA